AUGGCUUUGCAAAGUUCCAAAACAGUAUAUAUUGCAUGUGGAAUAUUGAUUGUAGUCUCCGUCUUAUAUAUUACAGCUAAUGCUGUACCUAUAUGGGCGACGAGAUCUGUUGGAUCAGGCACAGCUACAGUCGGUUUGUGGAAAUUAUGUGUAAAAAUUGAAGGUACAUCGGAAUGUGUUGGUGAUGGAUCGAAAGUGGAUGAUAAAACUAUGGCUACACGAGCAUUCAUUACAAUAUGUUGUAUUUUAGCCCCAUUAUCAGCUAUAUCAAUAUUAUCGAUUAUAUUGGUGAAUGAAAAUCUAAAGAAGCGUAUGUCUCUAUUAGCUAAAGUUCUUGCCAUAGCAAGUGCUAUUAGUGGAAUUAUUGGUGUUGGUCUUGGAAUUAGUAUGGUUGUGGAUAUUAUUAAGAUUUCGAAUGCUACGAUGGGUGUAUCAUGUAUUUUAGCUAUUGUCGCAGUCGCACUGAACUUAGUGGGUGCAGUUAUCACAUUUUUGAUCAAAUAA